UUUUCCACGUAGUUUCCCUUCGCUCAACGAAGAGUGUGACGUGUUGUGCGUUUGAGCGCAGUUUCUUGACGUUUGUGUAGUUUUUAAAGUGAAUAAUGUGAUUGUGUAGUUCGUUAUGGCCUAUAAAUACCGUGAAGAUUUAGUUGGCAAACGAUUUCUCUCUGUGAGUGGUGUUACGAAAAUUAACGUGAAUAAAGUUUCCGAAUGGGGAUGGAAAGCUGGUGUUAUCAGAGCAGCAUCGCUCAAAGAUAACAAGAAUAAGGAGCUCCAGGUGUUAGUGGAAUAUGAUGGUGUAGAUUGGCAACGCCGUGAGUGGGUGGCUGUGUAUUCUCGCCGAACGUUUCGUGUGUUUUUAGUGGAAAGAACUUUAGUUUGGGCUCCGAGAAAUAUUGAAGGAAAAGAAGUCAAAUGGCCUGCAUUGACGUUCACACCCCUGGCUGCGGACCUGACGCUGCAGGCCGAUGCUCAACCAGUAGAGUUUCUUCAUGAUCAGCAAGUCGACUUCCUGGACUACGCGAACCUUCAACCCUAUCAGGACUGGGAUGCAAGACUGGCGGGUUCCGAGGCUGGUGUGGACGCGACCACGAUCUCCGCCGUAGCCAGUGAGGCAGCGGAGUGGCGAACCACGCAAGAUGGCCAGCGAAUCCUGACCACAACGCCUUCCGUGCUGGGCGGCUGUCGAGCACAGGUCUACCGUGUUGCUGGAGCCACCCAGUGGUACACCGCCGUCAUUGUUGGAGUCAACGAGCACACUGGGGAGCUGACAGUGACGGAUGACACGGUGCUGGAGGAGCACAGCGAGGACCCGGCCCUCGUGCAGAUGAGGCUGCUCGGAGACGGAGUUAUCGAGUCCAUAAUGAGAGGAGAGGUCGUGGGCGUGAUGCCGAGGAGAUCGCGCUCCAACCUUCAAAGGAUCGAUCGUGAGAACACCAAGAGUCCAGCAAGCACCGGGGGCAGGAAGAAGGCAGCUGCAGUGAAGAGCAACGGCCAGAUCGCCACCACAGAGCCGCCACCGCAGCCGCCAGGCUCGUCCCCUGAGAGUGAAUCCGGCGACAUUAACAAAAAAGGUGUGGCCGUAAGUGUGAGUGCAAGUGAUGUCGUCGACGUCAGUGACGAAAACGACAAGUGUGUGAAAGCCGAGGAAGUGAGCAAGCCCGAGGUGGUCGCUAACAGUGAGGGUGAAGUGCGGAGUGAAGUGAGCGGUGCGGGCGCGGAUGGUGUGGCCAGCGCCGUGGCCUCCGAGGAGGAUGAUUGUGUGAUAGUGUGCGCUCGCGAUGCGGACGAGCGGUCCGACUCGGGCGUAAGCGGGCUGCGCUCGGGCGGCUCGGCGAGCUCGGUGGAGAGCGAGUGGCGCGGCAUGGCGCACGGCUACGGCGGCGGCCCGCCCCCGCCCCUGCUUCACCUGCCCCCGCCGCCGCCGGCGCUGUACGCCAACGAGCUGCUGUGGAAGCAGCGCUACCAGGCGCCGCUGCACGCGCCGCUGCACCACGCCAUCGCGGACGAGUUCCUCGCCGCGGCCAACUACGACAGAGAGAGACAUGAAAGACUGCUACGUGAUAGAAGAGAUCAGGAGCAACGAGAGUUGGAGAAGCAGCUGAAAGAAAGAAAAGAGAGAGAACGAAUAGAACAAGAGCGAGAGAGGGAGAGGGAGAAGGAACGCGAGCGGGAAAAGCACGAGCGGGAAGAGAAGGAGAGGAGAGACCAAGAAAAUGCUGCCUCCAAACUAGUUUCGAGGCAUUUCGAAGAAUCCUUUAGGCUUGCUAAUCAGAAGCGGGAACGAAUGUCGUGGUCGCUUCUGAACAGCUUGGCGCCUAGUAGGGGGGCGGCGGGGGACCACGAGCGGCUGCGGGCGCCUCCGCCGGACCGCGCCUACUACUCGCCGCCCGCGCACCCCUCGCACCCCUCGCAUCCAUCGCAUCCCGCGCAUCCCAACACCAGGGCGCCCGCGCCCUCCCCCUCCGACUACCACUCCCGCCUCUCGAUAUCGUCCAAACAGGACAAACCUCCCCCUCAUCCCUCCCUCCCCAAGGGCGAACCCAACUUCGCGCCCUACAAUUAUACCUAUAGAUCCUACGAUAAGUUAAAAGAACAGCACCUGCCGGCGCCCCCGCCGCUGGUGCCGGAAAAGAACUCUGUGAUAGUCAAACACGACGCCAAACAGAUCCACCUGGAGCAGAAGCACCCGUACCCGAGCAAGCCGCGCAGCGAGCCCUCGCCGCACUACCUGCCCUCGCGGCCCUACCGCACCGGGCUCUCGCCGCACGCGCCCGCGCACCCGCACGCCGCGCUGCAGACCUCGCCGCACGCCGCGCUGCCCGCGCAGGACAAGCCGCGCCGGCCGCUCUACCAGCCGCCGCCGCGCUCGCCCGCCUACUACCCGGCCGCGCCGCCCGCCAGGCCCAAGGUGUCCAGCCCCGCGCCGCCGCACAUCUACGGCAAGCCCGGCGGCUCGUCUGCGCCCGCGCACUACGCCGGCGCCGUCGAGCCGCCCGUGCCGCUCGCCAAGGCCGAGCCGCCGCCCGUGCCCUACCCGCCGCCGUCCGCCUACUCGCCCGCGCCGCGCUCGCGCCCGCCGCCCGUCGCGCACGCGCGCACGCCCGAGCCGCGCCCGCCGCCGCGCGCGCACGGCGACGCCGGCCUCGCCUCGCCGUGCCAGACGCAGCCGCUCGACCUCGGCGUCGCGCGCGACGACCCCGAGCGCCUGUCGCCGCGCCGCCGCUGCCCCUUCGACGCCGCCGACGCCGACGCCAAGCGCCGGCGGACGGAGGAGCCGCCGACGACGGAGCCGCUCAUCGCGGCGGCCGCCAGCGUCGGCCGGACGCCGCACGGCUCCGAGCCCGCGCCCCAGGCGCCCGGCCCGCCCUGCGACGUGCGCGUGCCCUCCGCCGACGGCAGCGUCGAGACCCCCGAGCGGGCGGCGGGCGCGUCGCCGGCGCCGCAGGUCACGCCGGCCGCCAGCCCCGCGCCCGCCACGCCGGUCCCGCCGCUGGCCGCGUCGCCGCCGGCCGCCGCGCCCCCGCCCGCGCCCACGCCCCCGGCGCCGCCCGCGACCCCCCCAGUCACUCCGGUCGCGGACGGCGACACGCCGGCCAAGUCGGCGUCCUCACCCCGGGACGGCGGCACGAGACCGCGCCGAUCGGCGAGGGCGACUGCUCCGGAGGCGGCGGCACCUGCAUCACGCUGCCGAUGA